AUGUCAGACAAACCUCAGCUCCCUCCCCCGCAAUGGCAUCGCUUGCCACGACUGAGCCGAUCCGAGAUCGUCGAUUCUAGCUCGCCCGCCACUAUCAAUGGGAGAAAGGAGGCGCUUCCCGUCAGCAGGGAGUUUGAAUUCGAGGUCGCCGACCCCCAAUGUGCCCAGCCCGUCAACAAUCCCGGCCGGUUUGAUGCUGAGAUCGGCUCUUGCGUCGUCCACGGCAAAAUCCCGCCCAACAUCGACGGCACGUUCUACCGUGUUGUCAUUGACUACAUUUACACCAACCGCAACAGGAAAGAUAUCUGGAUCAACGGCGACGGCGCCGUCAACGCUUGGAGAAUCUCCAACGGCGUCGUCGACUACAAGCAAAAGUUCGUCCGGACCCCGCGCUUCAUCCACGAGCGGGCGGUCCGGCAGCCUCUCUGGGGCACAUACCGGAACCCGUACGCUGGGGACCCCCGCGUGUUUGACGAGGUCCAGUCGACGGGGAACACCCACGUGCAGUGGUGGCAGAAAAAGCUGCUCGUGCUCAAGGAGGACAGCCCGCCGAUCGUUUUAGACCCCGACACGCUGGACACCAUCGGCGUGUACACUUUUGAGGGCCAGCUACGUUCCAAGACGUUCUGUGCCCAUCCCAAGACUGAUGUCUCCACGGGCGAGAUGCUGGGCUUCGGCAUGGAAGCUUCGGGCAUAGGCGCGAACGAGCUGGCGUACUAUCGGUUCAGUAAGGAAGGCAAAGUGCUGGACGAAUGCUGGAUCAAGACUCCUGUCGUCAGCUGGACUCACGACAUGGCUGCGACUGACAACUACGUUGUUUUCGGUAUGACCCCUCACCAGUUCGACUUGGAACACAUGAAGAAAGAUAACGGCACACACUUUCGCCGAAACCCCUUCCUUCCCAACCAUUUCGGAAUCCUUCCGCGCCGGAACCCGAAGCCUGACGAUGCAAAGUGGUUCACUUCACUCAAGAACCACUACUGGGGCCACGUCUGCAACCACUUCGAGGAUGCGGACGGCAUCAUCUACAUCGACCUCUUCCUCCACGAUACGGAUGCUCUCAGGGCGUUCCCCACCAAGCACCCCGAGCUCGAAACGCAGGACGGACCGCCGCCGGUCGGCAAGUUCGUCCGGUUCAAGAUCGACCCCGAGGCCGAGCCCGGCGAGCUGGAGCUGCCGACCAUCAUCAGCGACGUCCCCGGAGAGCUGGCCCGUUGCGACGACCGCUACACCACCAAGCCCUACACUCACGCUUACGGGUGCGGGUUGCCCGGCCCCAACGGCUUCGGGGGUAUACUGCACAUCGACAUCGACGGGGGGCUCACCGAGGUCUGGCAUGCCGGCCCGGAGCAAACAGUGGGGGAACCAUGCUUUGUGCCUCGCACCCCGGACUCACCGGAGGGCGAUGGCUACUUGGUCGUCUCCUGCCGGGAUCACAAGACGACACUGGGUAACCUCGUCAUCUUGGAUGCCCAGAACAUCACGGCUGGCCCCAUCAGCGUCGUUCAACUUCCCUUCAGAAUCCGGGAGGGCGUGCACGGUAAUUGGGUCCCCGCGUCUGACUUCGCCGUCAGGAAGCCCCUUGUCGACUACGCUGGCGUCACUCCCGAAAUCUUGGAUGAGUUUGGCACGGGGGCGCCCAUUCCCUUUGAGGACCUGAAUGCUCGCCCUGUUGACCGGGGCCGAUGA